AUGCUAGUGGUAGAUGAUGCGGUUGCAGCUAUGGUUCAGUUAAAGGAAAGAGACGAUUUUGAAAACGCGUAUUUUGACACCCUUACUGAAGUGAAAAUGUAUACUGAACAGGAUAAUACAUCGCGAAUUGAAGCUCAGAGCGCUGCUUCCUCAUCACGUACUCUUACUCCUGCCAAAGUUGAAAAUCCUUUAACAAGUGAGACUCCUGGUGUAAAACUUCCAACAAUUACAUUGCCAAAAUUUGACGGCACUUUUAAAGAUUGGCUUCCAUUUCGGGACACUUUUAAAUCAUUAAUUCACGAUAAUACGCGGCUUUUGAAUAUUCAGAAGUUUCACUACCUGAGUUCAACGUUGACAGGAGAUGCAGCUCGCGUUAUACAGUCAUUAGGUGUUUCCGAUUCGAAGUAUGUUCUAGCCUGGGAAAGUGUAAAUAAGCGUUAUGAAGACUCGGCUUCGUUAUUGCAUUACCACACUAAAUGUUUAUUUGAAAUGUCUGCCAUCUCGAAGACGUCUCACGUUUCUCUAUGA